CAGCAGCAGCAGCAGCAGCAGCGUCAGUGCCGCCGCCAGCGCCGCCGCCGCCCCAGCUGUUCCAUCAUCCACCUCCCACAUUUGGUCACAGAAACUGCUUCAUUUUGAGUUUCUGGCAGAGUAUAAGUGUGUGAGGCGUGGCCGGGGCCGCCACCAUGGACUUCAGCUACCUGCUAGAACUGGCCAAGGACAACGACAAGUUUAACAAGCAAGAAGCCUUGGUGAGCAGGUUUUCUACAAAGGUUUCCAGACCGAAGAAAGUGGAAAGACCGGCUCCUAAGUUGGAGGCAAUAAAAGCUGUGUUAAGCAGGAAAGAAGAAUUAAAACUAAAGGAGAAUGAAGAGGCAAGGAGAAAAAAGGAAAAUUUGCUGGCUCUGAGAGCACAAGACAGGAAAUCCAAUCAGCGUGUCAAAGCCAUGAUCAACAGAAACAAAGGAGCUUCCAAGUCUGUUCUAGAAGAUGCUAAGGACAUUACUACUGCCAAAGGGGAGGAGCAGUGUGAUGAGGAUGAUUAUGGUUACGAAUCAGCCAUGAGUCAACGCAUUUUCAGUCAGCUGGCUAAUCAGUAUGCUAGCAUGCCUGAGGAUGAUAAGCUGAAAUUUGUUAAAUCCUCUGCCAAAAGCAGUAUAGCAGACAUCAAGAACAGGGUUAUCAAUACCAUUAAGAAGGUGGAGGAAGAAGAAUUGGGGCCUCGAAAAAGAAAACGCAAAAGCAAAAAGGCAUUGGAGGAUGACGAUUUUAUAAAUGACGGUGAUGCAUAUGAUAAUGCCAGAAGCAAAACUGAGACACCGUCCUCUUCCAGCCACAAGAGUAAAGGCAUCGAUACCCUAAAGAAGGAAGAGGAGAAUGACUUUGAGGUUAGGAAAAGAAAACGCAAGCUGCAGGGAGCAGAGGAUGACGAUUUUAUAAAUGAUGGUGACGAGUACGACAAUGCCCCAAGGAAGGCUAUGUCUUCCAGUCAGAAGGUUGUUAAUGUUAAUCUUACUAACUACAAAAGUGACAAAUAUAAUAACUUCAAGUAUGAUGGAGAUAAGGAGAAGAAAAAAUCUAGAGAAGAUAAUGAGAAGAAGCUCAAAAAACAGAGAGAGAAGACUAAAGCAGUACCACCUCCCAUGAGUUUUGAGGAACUUCUUAGAGUUGCUCAAAAGAAACAAUCGGAGCCUCUUCCUGAUGUAAAGGAGGAAAAGAAGGAGAAAGAUAAAGAUAAGCCGAAAGAUGUAGGUCGGCCUCUAACAGCUAAAGAAAAGGAGGAACUGGAGGAUGAGAAGAGACGAAAGUUGAAAAGAUUGGGAAAGUUGCCUCAAGAUAAAAUAGAAAUGGAGAAGCUAAAAGAGAAGGAAGAAAAAGGUGAUGCAGAAAAUUUACAAAAAAUGAGAAAAAAUGGUGAAAAGAACAACAAAAAACAAGAAAAUAGCAGUAAAUUACAACAAGCUCUUGAAAAACCCAAACCUGAACCCAAAGUCAAUGACAGAUCUAAGUAUUUUGCAGUUCCAGUUCAAAAGCCACGUGAUAUACCUCAAAUAAAAGAAACCAAACCUGCACAGAAUUUCAAGCCUCCGGCUCCUAAAAUUCAAACCUCUAAUAAUAAAGAUUUUAUUCCAAAAGAGACAAAGCCCUUGAAGCCUAAAGUUGUGCCUCCUAGGGACCUGCCAUCUCGAGAUGUGCCUCCUAAAGAGAUGAAGCCAUCAAAAUUACAAAAGAUUCCUCCAAAGAGCAAAGUGAGAGACGUUCCACCGCCAAGUGCUCCUAAGCGUCCUACAUACAAUCCUACUCCCAAAAUGCGUAUUGAGAGUGAUUCAGAAGAGUAUGAUUCUGAAAUGGAUGAUUUCAUUGAUGAUGGAGAUCAAGAAGUAGACUUCUCAAGUGAAAUCAGAAGAAUGUUUGGCUAUGAUAGAAGAAAAUAUCAGGAUGAUGAUGAUGACUGUGAUGACAUGGAAGCAUCUUUCUCUCAGGUGCAAAAAGAAGAAAGAAUAUCAGCUAAAAUUGGGCUGAAAGAAGAUCUUGAAGACAUACAACGGGAAGAGGAAGAGAAGAAGCGGAAGAUGAUGCGAAUGAAGCAGUUAAAAAAGAUUAGAAGAUGAGGUUAACAAAGUUGUUGUCAUUUAAAUAUUGUACAUAAACUACAAGGUACCUCCCAGCCCUAUGAUUGGGUAAUAAUGGUGAUGAGGCACAUCAGGCAGCUGAAGACACUUAUAUGCCUAGAAGAAUGUUCUUUUUCAGAUAAUUCUUAAUGGAAGUGUAUAUCAUUUAUUGUUAUGAAGUGGGAAAAUUUGUAACAUAAAUAUAAAAUUUUCUCAUGACCACACAUGAACUGCUUUACACAUUGUAAGUGAACAUUUUUAUUAGCAUUGGUAAUUCAUUAAACUAUUGUAAAGGCAGUCCACCUUAGUGAAAGAAUUGUAUUCUUCAUAAAACACUAACUAGAUGAAUUUGUUGAGCAAAAACAUUUUUUACUUGUUAACCCUAUAAUGUGAAUUAAUAUACUGUGCCAUGCACCGAAGGAUAAAGAAUUUCACCUGUACAUAGUAAUAUAUACGUAUAUAUGACUACAUUUUAAGAAAACAGUGUAUGGCUUGUUUUGAGUUUGAGAUAGACUGAUCCAAAAUUUCACAUAGCUGUAUUUCCCCAUGCCUUUAAAGGCACAAAUAUUAAAAUUAUUAAGACAUCUGUGGUCUUGAAAAUCCAUAGAGCAUGUUUCAUUUAUUAUGAGUUGCAGUUGCUGCACCAAGAUUAUCUUUGCUGUAUAUUCUAAAAUAUGCUUCUAAUAACAUUAAUGCUGUGUUAGAAUAAGUAACUUUGAGUGGUCAAAAUGAAUAAUAUCAUUUAUAAGUAUGGGCCCCCAGCUGUAUAAAAAUAUAAGCUAGGGAGAGUCCAAGAGGAACAGUUCUUGUUGCUUAAGGUACUUUAUAUAAGCAUAUAAACAUUCACUAGUAAGAAUUGUUCUCUAAUGUAAAUAAGCAGAUUUUGUAGCUAUUUUACCAAGGUUGUAAAUAGUUUUAGAGAAAAUCUGGUAUUUUGAAAAUUUCUCUAAAGUAUUUAGAGCUAAAAGAUAGGGUGCAAUACUUCAAGAAAGUGAGCUACUAAUUUGAUCAUAGCUAAAAAAAAAUCAAAAUAAAUAUUGAAAUGGAAAUUAACAUAAAAUAUUUUGUUGUAAUUAUGACACAUGGCUUUGUUUAAUAAUUAAGGGUAAAAAGUAGAGGAAAAUAUAUUUAUUAAAAUUUUGAGGAUAGUGUUAAAAACAUAAAUAUAUCAUAUUAAUAUAUAGUACUGAAUACAUAUAUAACUUGUUGCACAGAAUUUGCAAGAGAGAUAAUUUUACAGUAGUGUAGAUGCACAAAAUGUAUGAAAAUAGUCUUUGAAACUGUUAUGAGUAGCAGGUGACUUGUACCUUCUCUAAUAUAUUAAAAAGUUGAAAUAAACAUGCACACAUACACGCGUGCACACGCACACAUGUUCAUACAUUCAUUUUUUAUAAUGGUACUCAAUAGUUGUCUCCUGCCAAGGCAGGGUGACCCAAAGAAGAAGAAAAAAAUUGACCAUGAUUCAUCCAAUCACCGUCUUUCCAGAAGUAUGUCGUCUUUCACAAUCCACUUAUUCCCUGACUGUGUUCAGUGUGUGCCUGCCAACAGUUUCGUUAAAUGUAUGUUGAGCAUUACAUUUAAAAGUGACACCUGUAAUGCUUUAUACUGGAUGAUGUAUUGACCAACUAUUUGCAGUGGAAGGUAUUAGAAAAUGCACGAAACCUGUGAAAGUGAUUUUAGGGCAAGUGUGGUCAGUUGGUUCCCAGAGCCCUUCUAGGUGGGUGCCUUGACCCUUGAGUGGCUUUGAUCCAAGAAAUUU